AUGAGUUCACAAUUCCAGAAUACGAUCGAGGGGGGGGACGAUGUACAAGUUAACCAGGUACUGCAUGGUCAUUCCAGAGAGUCAACUCCACCAGAUGUGGCCAACAAUCUCGCCCCUGAGUCGGCGUCAAUACGAGCCCCUUACCUGGGAGAGGAUAGUCGAGUCACCCUACUGCGAAAUUUAGAUGACAAGUUCCAGAAUUGGGCAUCACCGCUUUUUGUGGUGAAUUCUGUAGGAGGACAACUUGAUAACCCCAUUACCAUUUCUAUUGAGAUGGCUCGAGUUUAUCAACUUAUAACACGAGGUUCUAUUCAGGUUAUAGAACAACUGCAAUCAGAAAAGGGACAGUUAGAAUACGACAGUUGGAAAUUGCAAGUUGAAAACCAGGGUCUGCAACAAAACAACCGGCAAUUACCGAUAGAGUGGCACGAAAUGAAAGCCCGUAUAUGCUUUUUAGAAUCAGAGAAUGAUGGAUUGAAAGUCAAACACAGUGCCUUAGAAAAGAAGGAAAUCGAAUGGGAGCGUAAGGUUGCAUGCCUGGACAAGAGUAAUAGCAAUCUGCGGGAACAGUUGGACGCUGUGGAGCGUGGAUAUGAAGACAAGGCAGGAGGAAGGGGAAGGCCCGAGCAGAAAAAGGCUCAGGGAAGAAUGAAACCGGAGAUGUAUACGCGUCGUCGUUUUCUUGCUUCUCCCUAA